AUGGUGUCUGCUGAAACCGCUCGUAACGUCGUUGGGAUUAUCGGGAAUAUCAUCUCCUUUGGCCUAUUUUUAUCCCCAGUUCCAACAUUUUAUCGCAUUUGUAAGAAGAAAGACGUGGAAGAGUUUCAACCUUAUCCUUAUGUCGUAACGGUGAUGAACUGCUUGUUCUGGAUUUUCUAUGGCUUGCCUAUUGUUAAACCGGACAGCAUUCUUGUUGUCACCAUUAACGGUGUUGGUCUUGUGCUCGAGUUGAUCUACUUGACCAUAUUUUGCAUUUUUGACAAGCAGAAUAAGGGACGGAAAAAGGUCGGUCUUGGGCUUACUGUCGAAGUCGUUUUCAUGGCAGCUAUUAUUGUAACCACUUUGGUUGCCUUCCACACUCAUGAGAAAAGAACUCUUUUUGUGGGAAUUUUCUGUGACGUUUUCAACGUUAUGAUGUACGCUUCACCUCUUGCUAUAGUCAAAAAGGUUGUGACUACGAAGAGUGUGGAAUUCAUGCCGUUAUACCUUUCACUGGCCAACUUCCUAAAUGGCUGCGUCUGGACAGCUUAUGCUCUCAUCAAAUUUGAUAUCUUCAUAUUGGUCAGCAAUGGCCUUGGAGCUCUAUUUGGUUUUCUCCAGCUUGUCCUUUAUGCCUGCUAUUACAAAACCACUCCUAAACAUGGUAGUGAUGUAGUGAAGCCAUCUGAGAUCCAGCUCCCUGCUUCAAAUGCAGCAUCUAGAGUAUGA